UUUCUCUACAGCAUUCAGUGUAAAAAAAAAAUUACCUAUGACUUCUCUCUGUAUUUUAAAGUCUAGUUUGCCUUUAGUAACUUGCUAUUACUUGAUUUUUAAAAUGUUUAUUAGCAUCUUGCUCAACUUGUGAUUUCAGUAGUGUUAGUCAUCGGUUUGAAUUCUCAAGACAGGCAAACAGGUGUAUCUGGUAGGAUGAGCAGGAGUGGAAAAGCUUGCUCCUAAAUAUAGCAGGGAAAACCCUGCUAAUAUCUGUGUGAUGAUCCAUACAGCAGUUGACAAACAUCUUCAGGCUCUUUCUCCUAAGGUACAGACCAACAAAACUCACAAGUCAAACUGUGUCUGCAAAGCCUAAUUAGCCUGGGAUAUAGUAGUCUUUAUAGUUGCUGGUCACAUUAACUGUAUCAGUUUGUAGACAUCACAGCCAGCUCAGCCAGUCUCUGGCUAGAGUGAGAUUAUAUAGUGCAGGCUCUUAUGAUAGCAGGUUUCCAGACUCCACCCCACGGGUGCCCUCUGCACGGGUGGGUGUGGGCUGUCAGAGGCCUGUCUUCAGCCCCGUUGCUGCCAGAGUUGUGCUGUUUGGGCUGAAACUUUUCACAGCAGCUAUCUGCUUCAAGGGAAACGGGAGAUGGAGGAAUAAGGAAGCAAGAAGUAGAGGCUCAGGAAUGGAUCAGCUGUGUGUCCGUGCAUAAAGCUACUUGGGAAGGGGAUGGAAAAAGGAGUGGAAGUCUUAAAAUGUUUGAUUUGUACUUAGCAGCCCCUCUUUACAGUGGGGAGCUAAUAUUUUAGCAACAGAUUGUCUGGUGUGUGCAAAGUGUGGCUUUGGAAACAUCUGAUAAUGCAUCUGAAUUUGACUCUGACCUGGUCUUGAAAUGUGUUCAGUCUUAAAUCAGUUUAUUGCGCCUGUGAGUUUAGUACCUCUUACAUUCUUUAAAUAGUUGAUCUGUAUCAAGUAUGCUUCAUCCCAGGGCUUAGCCGUAAUUGCUUGUCUGCAGUUGCAUCUUACUGGUACUGGGUACAGGAACUGAAAUGAGAGCAUGUUUAUUUCCUUGUUGUAAUGUUUUCUGUGCUUGGUUCUAGGAAAUUAGGAGGAGAGUGGGGAAAUUCUCAAUGUGCAAGAGACAGGAAAAGUGGACAGUACAGCUUCAUGUUGAACAUGAGCCUUGUUAUGAUCAGUGAGAAUGUAAAGCUGGCCCGUGAAUAUGCCUUACUGGGAAAUUAUGACUCUGCAAUGGUCUACUAUCAGGGAGUUCUUGACCAAAUGAAUAAGUAUCUCUACUCUGUCAAAGAUACCUAUCUGCAGCAGAAAUGGCAACAGGUUUGGCAGGAGAUAAGUGUGGAAGCUAAGCAUGUGAAAGAUAUAAUGAAAACACUAGAGAGUUUUAAACUAGACAGUACUCCAUUGAAAGCUUCACAACAAGAAUUACCGGCUCAUGAUGCAGAAGUCUGGUCUUUGCCAGUACCUGCUGAACGUAGACCUUCGCCAGGACCCAGAAAACGUCAGUCUGCCCAGUGCAGUGAUUGCAGAGGUCACAAUAAUCGUAUAAGUGCAGCUGUCAGAGGCCCUCACCGUCCAUCCUCUCGAAAUCCCAAUGAUAAAGGGAAGGCAGUCCGCAGCCGGGAAAAAAAGGAUCAGCAAAAUAAAGGAAAAGAGGAAAAGAACAAGUCCACAUCUGAGAUUUCAGAGUCUGAACCAAAGAAGUUUGAUAGUACUGGAUAUGAUAAAGAUUUAGUAGAAGCUUUGGAAAGAGAUAUAAUUUCUCAGAAUCCCAACAUUCGAUGGGAUGACAUUGCUGAUUUAGUAGAAGCCAAAAAGCUGCUUAAGGAAGCUGUAGUUUUACCAAUGUGGAUGCCGGAAUUUUUUAAGGGAAUUAGACGACCAUGGAAGGGUGUGCUGAUGGUUGGUCCUCCUGGUACUGGAAAGACCCUUCUGGCAAAAGCUGUAGCCACUGAAUGCAAGACUACUUUUUUCAAUGUUUCUUCUUCCACGCUUACCUCAAAAUACAGAGGAGAAUCUGAGAAACUUGUUCGUCUACUGUUUGAAAUGGCUCGAUUUUAUGCCCCGACAACUAUAUUUAUUGAUGAGAUAGACUCUAUCUGUAGUCGCAGGGGAACUUCAGAGGAGCAUGAAGCUAGCCGACGUGUGAAGGCAGAACUGCUAGUUCAAAUGGAUGGUGUUGGAGGGGCUACUGAAAAUGAUGAUCCUUCCAAGAUGGUCAUGGUACUAGCUGCUACUAAUUUUCCUUGGGAUAUUGAUGAAGCCUUAAGACGGAGACUAGAAAAGAGAAUUUACAUUCCUUUGCCAUCAGCAAAAGGUAGAGAGGAACUCCUAAGAAUAAAUCUGCGAGAGCUGGAACUGGCUGAUGAUGUUGACCUUGCAAAUAUAGCUGAGAAAAUGGAGGGCUAUUCAGGUGCAGACAUUACCAACGUAUGCAGAGAUGCAUCGUUGAUGGCUAUGAGAAGGCGUAUUGAAGGUUUGACACCAGAAGAAAUAAGAAAUCUUUCCCGAGAUGAAAUGCACAUGCCAACAACUAUGGAAGACUUUGAAAUAGCUUUGAAGAAAGUUUCUAAAUCUGUAUCUGCAGCGGACAUUGAGAAAUAUGAGAAAUGGAUAGUUGAAUUCGGAUCAUGCUGAGCUGUCUUAUUUUGAAGAAGCCACCUUACAUCUUAAAACAGCUUUAGAAGUAAUAAGUAGUGUGUCCGUGCACUGCGUGCUCUUUUUAACUUUUGUAAUUUAAGAGCAACAGAUGUCUAAAUAAAUCCUUUUUUAAAAUGCAAA